AUAAACCUGUAAUUUCCGAUGAAAAACCCUACAUUAUUACAUGACGUUAUUGCGCUUUAAGGUUAGGAAUCGACAUAUCGAUCAGAGUACUGACGCCGUUUCGGCAGCAACAAAAAUGUAAGAGUAUUCUUGUUAUGUUGACAUCUCGGUGGAGCCCUUCAUCCUUCGUGUUCACCAAGUCGUGAGACAGUUAGCCCUGUAUACGUCGCUUUCCCGCUAAAAUGAGACGCUAAUCGUGUUCCCGAAGACAUGGCGCAGUCUAUUCUCGAUGCUCUGACAGGUGUCUCAUUAGAUGGUUCUUCUGUGCAAUCCUUGUUGGAAUCUCAGACUUUAAUAGCUGAAGUUGAGCAGUCAGCAAUUGAUCAAGAUGAGGAGGAUAUAUUCCAGUGUGGCAAGUGCAAGAGCCAGUUUACAUCAUUGCAAAUGUUUAUACUCCAUAAAAGAACACAUCAGAAGACACAGCAGCAGACUGUAGAUUUGACUCAGUUUCUGACAAACGAUGAAAGCCAAGUGAUGCAUACAGAAGACUCUGUUCAAGAUGAGUCCCAGUACAAUUCACAAGAGACGUUUCAACUUGGUGAACCGAUUAUUCUCGAAGAGACAGACAUGUUAUUUAGUGUGGACCAAGAUUCUGCUAAUUACUUCACAGCAGAUUCUACAUUCGGUGUACCCAUCAUUUUGAGCACUGAGAACUUGGACUCUUUCGACGACGCCUCCAUCGAUGGGACGAGGGAAGAUUCGAACGAUGUGCCAGCGUUACAGCUUCAAAGCGACAUAUCGCAAGAGGAUGCUUCGAGUCAACCUGAACAUGCUAACGCCUCAUUGACGGAUAAUGAACCGUCCCUGACGGACAAUAAGUCGCCAUUCUUGGAGGACAACGAGCCCACCUUUGAGGACAACGACACAUCCCUCCAGGAUAAUUUGCCCAAUGAAUUGGAAAACGACCAAUUUGGCCAAGCACAAAAUUUAAAGUACAAGUGCGGCUAUUGCAACAAGCAAUUUGCGAAGAAAUUCUAUUGGCAGCAGCAUGAACGCUCUCAUACUGGUGAGAAACCCUAUCAAUGCGUAGUGUGUGGUCGUGCGUUUGCACAAAAGUCCAAUGUAAAGAAACAUAUGUCUUCGCACAAAGUGUGGCCCGGCACCGCGAUACACUCGUUACCACCUGAGGUACCUCCAGAUGGAAGCAUCGACCGCACGUAUCACUGCCAGUUCUGCAGGGAGACGUUCGACUCGUACAAGGCCCUCAAAGGUCACUUGAUCGUCUCGCAUAUGGCGCUGAAAGUGUACAAGUGUGUGCAGAGCAGCUGCAGUAUGAUGUUCUCAGAGCUGGAAGACUUUCUAGAACACACGCGUAGCCACAAGUGCUCCGAGUAUCGGUGUCAUGUGUGUGGCGAGGUGUUCAGCACCCUUUCGGACCUUGGCUGUCACCAGUACGUUCACUCCGUCCAGAAGCAAAAAACCACGGAGAAGUACUACUGCUGCACGGUCUGCAAGUCGUCGUUUUCGAAUCUGGAAGCGCUGCAACACCAUCAGGAAACCACCACGCACGAUUACGUGUGUCUGCACUGCGGCAAGAGUUUCCUCAUCGAAAGGUUUCUGCGCCGUCACCUCAAGACUCACUCGACGUCGGCGAGAUUCGCCUGCGAGGACUGCGGCAAGGCCUUCAAGACGGAGCAGUAUUUGGCCAAUCAUAAGUUAAUACACAGCGAGGAGACACCUUUUACCUGUCCGCAUUGCCCAGCUCGAUUCAAACGGAAAGACCGGCUGGGUCGUCAUAUGCUGAUCCACGACCUAACAAAGAGACUCAAAUGUCCGUUCCGCGGCUUCCUGGGCUGCAUGAGCGAGUUCUCGCGACCGGACAAGCUCAAGCGGCACUUGCUGACGCACAACAACGUCAAGCGGUUCAGCUGCAGCCACUGCAACCGCAAUUUCCAUCGGGCGCAGGCUCUCAAACAUCACGAAAUAAAUAAGCACAGCCUCAAAUGUGACAUUUGUGCCCAUGCGUUCAAGACUAAAGAGCAAUUGAUCACUCACAAUUGCGAGCAAUUAGGAGAGACCAAGAAGCAUACGAGUUCGCAGCUGCCGAAGAAAGCGUCUGGAUCUUUCAAGCCGAGGAAGCCCACCCCAAAGAGACAAACCUUAUCAAAGACUGCAAUCGCGCUUGCCGAUAAAGAGAAGUCGGAGAAACUGAAAGCUGACGAAAUACAAAGAAAAAUCGUCUCCGAGACAUUCAGGUCCGACGACUUCAACGAAGAGCUUUGCACGAAGAAGCCGGGAAAUGUGGUUUCCGCGUCGAAGGAGAUCGAAUCAACGACUGGCGAAUCCAACGAGCGAUCCGACUCUCCGGUGAUAGACUUCGAGGACGACUUCAAGCGUGAAGUAGAGUUCUACUCGUCGCAUCCGAACGAGUAGAGAAUUUUGCAAUACAUAUACAUAUAUAUACACACGCGUAUAUAUAUAUUUUUUAUUCAUAUUUAAAUUAUACAUCAACUCUAUAAGACAUAAAACACCAGUCGUCUCGUAGCACGUGCAAUGAGAUCAUGGGCGAAGUCAUUCGCAGGUUGCAUUUUAUAUUCGCGUACGAUAUUUUGUAGUUUACAUAUCUGUGAUAAUUGUAUUAUAAACGAUCUAUCGACAUAUAUAAGUAACUUAUAUACACACGUACACAAACACACAUACACACGCACACAUCGAGAAUGUGCGAUCUCGUCAGCGUGCGAUUGCCUCUAUCGCGGUGAAUGGCGCGAUACAGCCAUAUCUGUCGGUCGUAAUUAAUACUUCGGAAGUAUCCCUUGCAGAACGUUAACGUUCGUUGAACUUUUCUAACGAUAGAUUGUAAAAAAUGCAUCGCACGCGCGACAUACCGAGCUGUAACGAAACGUUUGAUAUAGUGCGUCUCCUUAAUUUAUUUGUUGUAAGAUAAUAAAUCUACCAGAAAUCGCAAAUUCGAAACGUGUAAAUAAGUCUUGAGAAAGAAUAUCACUUUUAUAUGGAACAAUCGGAAGCUUAUUGCAACCGUCUUCACUGAGGAUUCCCUCCUUCAAUCUCUUCAAACGUGCAAGUCCUAAUUCACGUUUCAAAUCCGUCAAUAAACCGUUUCCAUAAACAUCCAUUAA